AUGCGCCCGGGUACUUUAUUACCAGAAGGUUUUUGCGGAUUGAAACAACCGAAGCCUUUGUACACGGCAGCACACGUCGCAAGAAGCAUCGGUAUAAAUUUCUGGUCAGGCGCGCGCAACGACCACGUCCUCGUAAUCCUGUUGUACAAUCCUGGCAAUAGCUUCUCCUUAACAGGGACAAGAAAACCUGCUGGGACGUACGGCCGGGAUCGUCGCAGUGCGAUCUAUGAAAUAUCGGCGAAUGUGUUCCACGGAUUGGAAAGCAUCGAUACCGUUCGAGCAAAUGGCCGACAAAUAAUAACCAAGGAAUUUUAGUAUCGCGACACAAAAAACAACAGACACACUCCAGUAUCCGGCGGGAGCAAUUUAGAUUUCGUUCAUGUAUCUCGCAAUGAAAAGGAAAUAGUAUUCCUCCG